UCGCCGCCUUUCUCUCUUUGGCCUCCCUUCUGACAUCCCCACCCUUGGGCAAUCUGCUCACGCCCCCUCUCUCUCCUAUCGUAUCAAGCAGAUCAGUAUGCCGAUACUGAACGAGGAGAAGUGGGACGACUGGUGGGAGAUGUACGCAGAGCUCGCUUUUUGCCUACUGGAAGUGGGGUUCCGCUGGUCUGAGCCAGCACCGUACGGAGAAGGACUUGAACUUCCAGACGACGAGGUGGAACUGCUGAUCGUGCAAGCUUGGAGAACGGCGACGGAGGGAGAUCUGUUGGGGAUACUGUUUGGGAAGGUGGGUGACGGGAAUCUCGCUCUGAUUACGAGCCAGUUGCUGGUGUUCCUCACACAUUUGGUGGACGACCUGCCUCUGGAUAUCUUAUUGCGGUGUGACAAUCAGCUUGGCACCCACGUGCUUUCCAGGACGCUCGAGCCGCGCCUGCUGUGGUCCACGUGUACUGAGUUGGACGACGACAACUGUGUCUACCCGUCCCAAGCCCUCUUCCUCGAGAUCGACGUCACCGAUCUCACACUGUGGGACUUCAUCGUUCGACGAGGAAACGGCCGGCAAGGAGAAGAGGAGAGUGAAGACGACGACGAAGAAGAAGAAUCGAGGGAAGAUCGUGACGAUCCUGAUUAUGUCCAAGGAGAAGAGGAGGAAGACGAAGAAGGUGAGCCAGCAGAGGAGGAGACUGUAGUGGGUGAGCCGAGUCAGCGGUUCGAUCCAAGUAAGGAAGACGAGGAGGCAGAAGCACGAAAGCGGUUGGAAAAGGCAGAGGGAAAGCGGCCGAUUACGGAAGGACCCCGCCUGAUUUGUCGUUGCGGAAUCCGUGGCUCGAUCCAGAGCCCCCGAAGGAAGAAGAAGGAGGCGAUGGAGCUGCAAUGGAGGGAUCAGGAAGACGUCGCCGAAGGAGGAGCGAAUCGCCGGCUUCGCCUGCAUAGAGCCAUGAGAAGUGUCUGGGCUCUUUAUUCUGAUUAUGGGGGCGCGAUAGAGAGCGAUCCCUUAAGAAGAGGGGACAGUGCCUUAUACUGCUGGACACAGAUGGUCUCGUUAUGCGAUCGCGACCGAGUUAUGAGGAGGGAACAGAGUGGCGAAGUGGGCGUGCAAAUCCGCCUGUGUGCCCCUGCUUGUGCACCUAGUAGUUGGUACUGGCUAUUUGGGUCAGUAGGCGGGGCUGGUGCGGUGUCUGUGGAGCUAAGUCUGGCUAUGGCGUUGCAUGGAUAUAGACCCGGUUACCGGUACCACCAGGUUCGGUGGAAACCCAUGUCUGGGGAAGGGCCUUGGAUCACGGUAAUACUUAACUACGAUGGAGGAGAUAAACUGAGAUUGAGAAUCAACGUGGAAGGGGCUAAGGAGGUGGAAAUGCGGACUAACCCAAAACUACAGAACGCGAUCACGGAGGCAAAGGAUCGUGCGAAGAGGCGCUGCAGGAGGGACGGAGUGACAACAAAAGUAAAGGUAACGGUCUCGUAUCAUGAGACCGAGACCUCGAUGGACACAGCGGACAGGGAACAAGCCCAUGUGGACCGGGACUCGGGUGUGGAGAGCGAGAUGAGCGAGGCAGGAGACCGGGAGACGGACCUUCAGUCCUGGAACAGGCCAGGCCAGGUCCGCAAGAACCACCCGCUGGCGCGACCUGUGGAUGGUGGGGCCGAGACCAGCUCGCGGCAGUAGAGUCCAGAGGACGGGGGACAGGAAAGGGGGUGUGAGUGAUCGACGCGCGGUACACAAG